CUCUGUCUUUUAAAACCGGCGAGUCUUGCUGCCGAACACGAGAAGCCGCCUGGGACAUUCUCUCGCUGGCCGUUGUGGCAUACGGUGUAUAUCUCCUGGAAACGGCGAGAAAGUUUGGCGAGAUCCUCCGAUCGGUGCACGCGCGCUCGGUACACACACCGGUAUAGGCUGAGAUCGACCGGGGACCAUUUCUCUCUCUCUCUCUCUGUCGAUCUUUGGCCAGUGUCUCAUCGCUUUGCGAAUCCUUGGACAGGGUGUUCCGAGGGAAAAGUGGUGCUGAGAUCGGUGGUGCUUCAGUGUUUUCCAAGCCAGUUGUGGACUACUGCGGAUCGAGGGAAGAAACAUGCUGCUGCUCACCAAGACGCUUCUGGCACUGCUGCUCCUGGCGACGCUCGCCGGCAUCGAUGCCGUGCCUGGAAGAUUGAACGACGACUGUCCGAAUUGCGCUGAUGAAACGAUAAGUGCCGGAACCAUGAGGUGGACAAUGCCACUGCUGAAGCUCGGUGAAAAGCGAUACUAUCUAGGAAUCUUCUUCAAGGCCAACUGGUACAGAGCGGCGCAGUACUGUCGCUACCACGGUAUGCACCUGGCGAGUAUCAGCUCUCAGGAGGACAACGACAAGCUGGAGAAGCACAUCAAGGACUUCGGUCUUGGCCACGAGCAUUUCUGGACGUCGGGCACCGACCAGGGUGAGGAGGGAACCUUCUUCUGGAUGGCCAACGGUAGACCCGUAACCUUUGAGAACUGGAACACCGGCGAGCCCAACAAUUUCCGGUACGAGAACGGCGAGGAGGAGCACUGCCUGGAGCUGUGGAACCGGGACGGCAAGGGCCUGAAAUGGAACGACAGCCCCUGCAGUUUCGAAACCUUCUUCGUGUGCGAAGUGCAGUGAUGACGACGGCCAGCCCAGACAUAUACGUACAUGCUCUUUUCUUCAUUCGCACAGCUAUACGUAUACUCCCGGAGCGAAGGACGCGACCAUACGAACUUUCUUGAGAUCUCUCUCGCCUCGCUCGAGGGAUUCGCGCGGAUGUGUGCAUCAGGAAUAUAACGCAAGAAAAGAAGAAUGAAAAUGAGUGACUCGAUUGUGCUUUGUGCGCGCGUGUGCAGUAUAUGUACACUUCAACAUGUAUAGAGUGGUGUCCGCCAGUCGUCUCGCGUUGGAGAAAUGGCCGUUUUGUUCUCUAUCUACUUACGUACUGCAUCGGGGAUAUUGCUCCUGUAAAAGUUCGAUUGUUUAUGUAUAUUGAAAAAAAUCACCGAUUCCGCUCCGUUGGAAAUUCGAAUUGCUUUACUGAUAAUGCGUUUUCUUCCUUCCCGAUCAGUCUAAUGCGGAUAUAGAACGAAACGAGCGAUCUCCGCCGGUGUGUGAAUAGUCUGUAAGCGUAUAAGGUUGUACGAUUAUUAAUUAUUUAAAGAGAGAACUCGAAAAUCACAAAAAA